CUCGUUUUUGGGGCAUUUGUGGAGACACUCUCGCUGAAGAUCAGUCUCGCGCGACAGAGCCAGCGAAACGCGAGGUCCUUGAACGGACAGUGCUGAUUGGCUAAACGGUCCCGAGAAUCGAGCGAGAUGAGCUUCAAGGCUCAAGUUGAUGAUGAUGAUUGCGAAUACAGCGAAGGCGAUGUUGAAGCCUUCAAUUGAAGAUCAACUUGAUAUAAAUAAAUGAUGGACAAACCCUCAGUCAAAUCCAGACCAUCACCACUCAAACAGUAUACAAAGCAUUCACUCAACACAUCCAGUCCAUAUUGACACCAUCUACAAGCCUUUUAUCACAAACACAAUGGCUACUCACACCAUCCGCAAAGCCGUCUAUUCUGCCUAUGGCGGUCCCUCCAAUGUGAGCGUCGUCACAGCUCAGAUUCCCCCUCCAGCAAAGAACGAGGUUCAAGUCGAUGUCAUCUACUCAGGCUUCUCUGGCGCCGACAUCCAAAUGCGACUUGGCACAUACCCCAUGCAACAGGCGGCACCUUUGACGCCUGGCUACUGCUUCGUUGGUCGCGUCAGCACUAAUGGGGACAAGUCCUCCAGAUUUCGCCCUGGUCAGCUCGUUGGCGCUCUUAGCGUGUACGACGCUGAGGCUCAGAAGAUCAAUAUCCUUGAAAAGUACUUGAUCGCUAUUCCUGAGCGCGUUGAUAUGCAACAGGCGGUCGCCGCUUUUCUUGAUUGGAACACUGCCUAUGGUCUUGUUCAUCGCGCGACCAAUUUGGUCGGCAAAGGCCAGCGCGUCUUCAUUCAUUCCAUCAGUGGAGCUGUUGGCUAUGCCAUAAUGACCCUGUGCCUGCUGGAGGGCGCUGAAGUCUACGGCACCGCUUCAGAGCGCAACCACGAGUCUCUUCGCCAACUUGGGGUUACGCCCUUCACCUACACCAACAAGAACUGGGUCAGCGAAAUGAAGCAGCGCGGUGGCGCACACGUCGUCUAUGAUCCCAUUGGCUUUGAGCAUUACAAUGAUUCAUGGGACAUUCUCAUCACGGACGAGCCCUCGCGUCUUGUCGGUUUCGGUGGUAACAUGAACAUCCUCCAGGGCGAUGACGCCAAACCGCGAUCGCAGUAUGUCGGAAUGGCCAAGCUUCUGGCCAAGAACGGCUGCUUGUUUACCAAGAGAAGCACAUCAUUCUAUUACAUUGACCGCGAUCGCGCCACAUUCAUGGAAGAUCUUCAGGCGGUCAUGAAUCUUCUCAUUGAUGACAAGGUUCAGGUACCGAUCAAGAAGGUCUGGGAUUUGGAGAACGUCCGGGAGCCCCAUGAAACUUGGGGUAAGGUCCCUGGAAUGGGAUCAUGCUUGAUCCGUGUCGACCCCAACGCUCCUUGAGCAGGCAAACUUGGUGGAGUAUUGUAGGCGAAUGUUCGAUCAUUUGGUUCAAAGCAUAUUCUUGAUAGAUUACCCUGUAUUCAAAUAUUU